AUGCCAUUUAUUGAAGACGAAUGGUGGGCAGCCGAGAAUGAGGGCAGGAUGGUCGACCUCUCCAAUUGCCUGCAGGACGCUGUGACGGGAGGCGGGCAGGCCGCGGCUCUGCACCAGAUGGCGUCGUCUCUCGGCGAACUCUCGCAAGCCGAAAUCAGCAACAUCGUGGGUCUCGCGGAGGCUGAUGCCGAUGACCCAGACGACAUACUGAAGCAGCUCGGCGAGACCGCGUUCGACAACUUCGACACAUUCUUCACUGAUCUGACCAACUCGACCGCGACAGCCGUGCCGCCGAUCGAAAUAAAGCAAGAAGAAAAUAACAACAUAUCGCCAGCGUCCGGGAGCCAAACUCAAGGCUCGUAUUACCAACAGAAUCAACUCUCUUUACCGAACAACGGUCAACAACGUCUCCAACAACUUCUAAGGUCUGGGACCAGCGCCAUCAACAAUGCUGUAGUGAACAAUAUCAGCAAUGGCCGCUACAAUAUCGCAUCCGCCAAUCCGCUUUUGGCUGAAAAAUUAGCCGCGACAUCUAGUGGCAUAAAGCAAGAACCUAUGAGUAACGAUUAUAAUGGAGCCGGAAUGAACUAUGGAAGUGCUUCUCCAAUGCAACGAGUGCCGAGUGGAAAGCCGCAGGUGAACGACGCUGGCGGAGGUAAAGGUAAGCCUACUUUCUUCUACUUACUACCUAGAGAUAUAGAUUAUCAGAUGGGAAGGAAGGAAACUACGCUGAUCGGCGCACAGACCGCGAACGAUCGGAGCACCGACCGCGCGAGGCCGCUCCAUGUAAAUGCGGCUCUCAAGGCGCCCGGCCCACUUACUGUACCACCACAACCACCAAACACCGAACUUAUACUCUCCUACCUUAAAAUAAAGUGUUUUUUAUCUUAA